CUAGUACUACUUCACUACUAUCACUUGCAAAUAAGCAUCUUUCACGAGCACCACACACAGAGAGAACAUCAUGAUGUUGAAGCCUUGUUAUCAAGUUGGAAACUCAUCAAACUCUACCCAAAUCCCCUUCCAUUAUUUACUGCGAAAACCCUUUGUCCUUUCAAGGCCUAAUUCGUUACCGAAAAGACACGAAACCGGUCGGAUUCGCUUCAGUCCCGCCGGCACCAUAAAAGCCGUUGCAAGUAGUACUAGUACUGAUCAAUAUAAUGAAGAGCCUACGACGUCUGAUCGUCAAAUAGAAACCGAAACAAUUACCGUUAAGGCAGUGGUGACAGUGCAGCCAACGGUAACAGGGUUCUUCAAAAACCUUGGGAUAGACAGAGGCCUUGAUGACAUUCAGGACUUGCUUGGCAAAUCGCUCCUGCUGGAGCUUGUUAGUGCCGAGCUUGAUCCCAAAACGGGACUAGAGAAGGAGACAGUUGAAGCAUAUGCCCACAAGAUAGGAAAAAAAGAAGAAGGGAUAAAGUAUGAGACAAGUUUUGAAGUUCCAAUUGAUUUUGGAGAGAUUGGAGCAGUUUUAGUAGAGAAUGAGCACCACAAGGAGAUGUAUCUCACGGAUAUAGUCCUCGAUGGCCUCCCUGAUGGCCCUGUGACCGUCAUCUGCUGUUCAUGGGUGCACUCUAAGUUUGACAAUCCAGAGAAACGACUUUUUUUCACCUCCAAGUCAUAUUUGCCAUCACAAACACCAAGUGGAUUGAGAAGACUAAGAGAAGAAGAACUUGCAAAUUUGCGAGGUGAUGGGGAAGGACAGCGCAAACAUUUUGAGAGGAUAUACGAUUAUGAUGUAUACAACGAUAUUGGUGACCCUGAUAAAAAUUGGGACCUCCAAAGACCUGUUCUCGGCUGCAAAGACCGCCCAUAUCCUCGCCGCUGCAGGACUGGACGCCCACGUUCUGAAUCAGAUCCAUCGUCGGAGAAAAGGAGUAGAAGUUUUUAUGUACCACGAGACGAAUGCUUCUCGGAGAUAAAGCAGUUAACAUUUUCCGCCAAGACUUUAUAUUCCGUGUUGCACGCAUUGUCACCUUCUCUUGCGACCGUCAUGGUCGACAGAGACCUUGGGUUUCCUUACUUCACCGCCAUUGACGCUCUCUUCAGCCAAGGAGUUGACCUGCCUCCCAUUGGCACCGAAGGCUUUCUGCAAAGAGUCAUGCCUCGCGUUGUCAAAACCCUCAAGGAUUCUGGAAAAGGCGUCUUGCGUUUUGAGGCUCCUGAAACAGUCAACAGAGAUAAGUUUUUCUGGUUUAGGGACGAGGAAUUUGCAAGGCAGACUCUUUCUGGGCUCAAUCCUUGUAGUUUACGAUUGAUCACGGAAUGGCCAAUAAAGAGCAAACUUGACCCCUUGAUAUACGGUCCAGAAGAAUCAGCAAUCACAGAAGAGAUGAUAAAGCAAGAGAUUGGUGGAAUCAUGAGCGUCGAUGAGGCAAUUAAGAAGAAGAAGCUGUUCACAUUAGAUUACCAUGACCUUCUCAUACCGUUUGUUCACAAAGUAAGAGAGCUUAAGGGCACAACACUAUAUGGAUCAAGGACAGUCUUUUUCCUAAACCCAGAUGGCACAUUAAGGCCAUUGGCUAUAGAGCUUACGCGGCCGCCGCAUAAGGACAAGCCCCUGUGGAGGCAAGUAUUCACACCUUGUUGGCAUUCCACAGGAGUUUGGCUAUGGAGGAUUGCUAAAGCUCAUGUUCUUGCCCAUGAUUCAGGCUAUCACCAACUUGUUAGUCACUGGCUGAGGACACACUGUGUUGCAGAACCUUAUGUAAUUGCCACAAAUAGGCAACUUAGUGUGAUGCACCCAAUAUACAGACUGUUGCAUCCUCAUUUUCGGUAUACAAUGGAGAUCAAUGCUCUGGCUAGAGAAGCCCUCAUCAACGCAGAUGGCACCAUUGAGACUGCGUUUACACCCGGGAAGUACUCGGUUGAGCUUAGCUCGGCCGCCUAUGGCCUUGAGUGGCAAUUCGAUUUACAAGCAUUGCCUGCAGAUCUCAUUAACAGGGGAAUGGCUGUUGAGGAUCCUAAUGCUCCACACGGGCUAAAGCUCACAAUUAAAGACUAUCCUUAUGCAAAUGAUGGACUCAUGAUGUGGGACUGCAUCAAAAAAUGGAUCACUGACUAUGUCAAUCACUACUACCCAGAUUCAAAACUUGUAGAAUCUGAUCAAGAGCUCCAAGCUUGGUGGACCGAAAUCCGAACGGUUGGCCACGCAGACAAGAAGGACGAGCCGUGGUGGCCAGUCCUCAAAACUCCCAAAGACCUUAUUGAAAUCAUAACUACAAUUGUGUGGGUGACAUCAGGUUACCAUGCAGCCGUGAACUUUGGUCAGUAUGCUUAUGCAGGUUACUUCCCGAACCGGCCUACGAUUGCCAGGUCUAACAUGCCGACCGAAGAUCCCACUGAUGAGGAGUGGCAAAAGUUUAUUAAGAAACCUGAAUCUGCACUUUUGAAAUGCUUCCCCUCGCAGCUUCAAGCGACGAGGGUGAUGGCAGUUUUAGACAUAUUGUCGAACCAUUCUCCCGACGAGGAGUAUCUUGGUGAGAAGAUAGAGCAGGCAUGGGCUGAUGAUCCUGUAAUAAAGGAAGCCUUUGAGCGGUUCAAUAAAAGUUUGAAGGUGCUAGAACUGAUCAUUGAUUCGAGGAACGAAAAUACCGAGUUGAAGAACAGAAAUGGAGCUGGGAUUGUCCCAUAUGAGCUCUUGAAACCAUUUUCAAAACCUGGCGUGACGGGAAAAGGUGUUCCAUAUAGCAUUUCCAUUUGAAACUUCCAAUUGUAAUGCAUGGGGAAAAAACAUGAAAUAAUAACAAUUUAGGAUUUGGAACAGAAGC